CCUCGCGGAGGAGAGUUGAUCGUUGCCGGAGCUGCAGCGCGGGGAGUGCAGAGCGUGAGGGGGGCGGCGGGAGGGGGGAGAGCGGCCGCGAGGGGCGUCCCCCGCCGGCUGGCCCGGCCGGCGGCGGACGGACGGACGAUGCUCCGGUUGGUGUCGCUGAAGUUGGGGCGGCUGUACCGCUACAUGAAGCUGGCGGCGCUGGGCAUCCUGGCGGCGGCGCUGGCCCUCAACUCGCCCUCGCUGCUGGCCUCGCUGCAGCGCAACGAGCUGGCCGAGCGGCGCUUCUUGCAGCUGAACAAGUGCCCGGCCUGCUGGGGCACCAGCUGGUGCCGCAAGUUCCUCAACGGGCAGCUGCGGCUGGAGAGCUGGGGCCGCCUGCGCCUCCUCGACUUCCUCAACGUCAAGAACGUCUACUUCGCCCGCUACGGCGAGCCCCGCGAGGGCAGCCGCCGGGUGGUCCUCAAGCGCCUCGGCUCCGCGCGGGAGCUGGCCGACAUCGACGCCAAGAUCUGCCGGCGCGCCACCGGCAGGGGACGCUGCGACCUCCUCCAGGCCCUGCACGCCACCGAGUUCGCCAGCAUCAACGGCGACGUCCGGCUCCUCACCCCCGACGUCGUCGAGGGCUGGUCGGACCUGGUGCACUGCCCCUCGCAGCGCCUCCUCGACCGCCUCGUCCGGCGCUACGCCGAGACCAAGGACUCGGGCAGCUUCCUGCUCCGCAACCUCAAGGACUCGGAGCGUAUGCAGCUCCUCAUCACGCUGGCCUUCAACCCGGAGCCCCUCGUGCUUCAGAGUUUUCCCUCCGAUGAGGGCUGGCCAUUUGCAAAAUAUUUGGGUGCGUGUGGAAGAAUGGUGGCUGUAAACUAUGUGGGAGAAGAAUUAUGGAGUUACUUCAGUGCCCCGUGGGAGAAACGAGUGGACCUGGCAUGGCAGUUAAUGGAAAUUGCAGAGCAGCUGACAAACAAUGACUUUGAAUUUGCACUCUACCUCCUUGAUGUCAGCUUUGACAACUUUGCAGUAGGCCCUAGAGAUGGGAAGGUCAUCAUUGUGGAUGCUGAAAAUGUUUUGGUGGCAGAUAAAAGAUUAAUAAAACAAAAUAAACCUGAAAACUGGGAUGUAUGGUAUGAAAGCAAGUUUGAUGACUGUGAUAAGGAAGCAUGUCUGUCUUUCUCAAAGGAGAUUUUGUGCACUCGUGUCACUGUGGACCAUAAUUACUAUGCUAUUUGUCAGAACCUUUUAUCAAGACAUGCCACCUGGCGUGGCACUUCUGGAGGACUUCUUCAUGAUGCUCCAGCUGAAAUUGCCAAAGAUGGUCGACUUGAGGCCUUGCUGGAUGAGUGUGCCAAUCCAAAGAAGCGAUAUGGUAGAUUUCAAGCUGCAAAAGAACUACGUGAAUAUCUUGGACGACUGAGUAACAAUGUGAGGUAGUUAAUGGUCAGAAAUCUUAUUAUAACAGUGAAUAUGCUUGGACAAGAGACAUGGACAAGUGAGUUCUGAACAUCACUCAAGGUCAAACAACCAGAAGAAGAGACUAUACACUUUUAAGGAACUUAGAUGAUAUUUUGUUUCAGCUGAUAAGGUUACAUAUCCCAGUGAUGCUUGAGUUACUUUUAACUGGGAAAAGACUGAGAAAUUGACUAGCAUGUCAAAUAGUACUUAACACAGCCUGUGUUAGUACCACCAUUUUGUGCGGCUGAUGCUCUUACUUGGAAAGUCAAGUUAUAUUGGCCUGUUUUAAAGGCUUUAUUUCUGAUGUCCUUUCAGAUUUUUAUUUUCAUUCUUAAGACCUACUAAAGUGAUGCUUACAUACAUGCUGGUAUGGCCUAUGUGUGACUCAUUAUUCCUGAAACUAAUAGGUUUUCAUUAAAUGCUGUGCUGCACUUUCUGUGAGUACAGGAUUCCUAGGCUUAUUCUAAUGUUGAGUUCUUUCCACUGUUUCUUACUGUUUGUAUGCCUUAUUAAGAAUGCUUUUAUAAGCAUAUUCUUAAAUAUUGUGUGAACAUAACCUAGACACUUCUGAAUUCUUUGUAAUUCUGCUACAGGUAAUGCUUCACCAGUUGGAUUGGUGUACAAUUCCAUCAUUAUUCCAAUAUGUAAUCAUGUCCAUUCAGCAGGGAAUUGCUGACUAAUUUUGAACCAAGAUAAUUGGAAGUUUGGGGAUACAUCAAGUGGAAAAGAAGAUGGUUUUACAAGUAUAGAAAAUCAUAAGCCAAAGAAAAUGGUUGUGCAUCAGUCUUUAGUUAUUUAAACAAAAUUAUGUACUGUAGUGGCACUAACCCAGUGAAACUCAGAUUUCAGUGGGUUUGCAGUUAUUAGUUUGAAGAAAUUUUGCUACUAGUUAAAAGCUUCACAUGAGGAUGAGAAAAUGCCUAGCAGGCUAGCAUUUGUUCUGCAUUAUUCACAGUUCUGCUGAAUUUGCAAUGUAAUGAUGUUUACGGAAUUUUCAACCAUGGGGUUGACUAAUAAUACUCUUCAUAUUUUCUCUAGAGGCUUUUCAUUGCAUUGAAUAUUUCAGUUGUAAUUCAAACAAUCUUGUGAUGGUUACUGUGACCUUAAAGGCCCGGAAGUUGCAUGAGAAAUUGAAUCAAUUCUAAAACAAAAUCCUUUCACAAAAGCUUGCUUUACUUUUCUUUAUGCAUGGUGGUAACUGCAAAGGUUCUCCUGGCUGCAGUGGUGAAAUUCUGAUCCUGAAUAAAGUUUGGUUGCAAUGUCAACAAAAUGACAACAGGUCAAAAUUAUCUUUCUGUGUUGGAAUAAGAUAGGGGUUCUCAUUAUAAUGAUCAGUGUGGUGCUAAAAAAGGUAUUGUAGACAGAUGUAAGCAGAUGCUAGAGAAAAAUAGGAAAAAGUUGAAAAAUCCAGUCUGUUUCAGAGCUCUGAAAAUGUGGAAUAUCAGAAGAGCUUUUUUUAAAGACAAAACUUCCAUCCACUUCUGUUCUGCUUGUGUAGUGAAAAGGUUCACCAGCUUUUUUGCAAGUAGUCUCUCAACAGAGUUGCUUUCUUCUUAGUUAUUGGGCUGGACUCGGCUCUGUCUCCUGCAGAAAAAAAAAUACUUCUUGCUGUGGCACAAACCCUUUCACUUCAGGUAUUGUGGGCACAAUCUAGAGCCUCUUAGGCAUGCUUGGGUCCCCUGAAAUAAUUUAGAUUUAAGUCCUUAGGUCCCAGUUAUUUCAGGAAGCGUAGGGUUGCCUAACUAUAUAGAUUUUACCAUAUGUAUUUAUAUAGGAUUCAAGUUGACUUUCUUAGCUCAAGUAUUGAGCAAAACCUAAAUGUGAGACUUAAACACUAGCCUGUCACAAAAAGGCCUUGUUUUACAUAAUAUUUAUUUAAUUCCCACUGUUUUAGAUGAAUGAAACGUAUGAUUGCUGUAGGCUUUAAACACCACAAACACUGCCAGCUAUAGAGGCAACUGCUAAAUAUUCCUUGUGAGGUUUGGGUUAGAGUUCAUUGUUUCCUCUUGAAAGUGCUGAUAAGCAGGAUUCUAAAUACAAAAGGAGUCCAUAAUUCUCAGUCUACAGGGAAAACACCUAUGUAGAAAGCAAUAAGUUCUCUUCAAUUUGCACCUAUCAAGUAUUUAUUGUACAAGGACAAUUUAUAUUUUUAGUCAUUGCCCACAAAUAAUGGUGAAUAUUUUUGAAUGAGAUGUUGGGGUUUGUAUGUGCAUAAAAUUGUCUUUUGUACUGUAAGUUACUGUUUAAUUUGAUUAUCAAAACUGUCUCCUGUGCCUUUAUACUAAGGUUGUUUUUACAACUUCUCUUGACUCUUAAUAAAAAAGUACU